AAGAGCUGUCUUACAUAGCAGGGUGAAGCUGCAGAGGAAAGCCUCAGAAAGAAGGGGCAAUCGCUGAGCAACCGCUGAGUUUUAACACUCUUCAGAAACUGGAAGUCUGUGGUUAGUGGUUUUCCUUCUCUAAGCGCAAUUCUUUCCUUAUGCAUCUCUCCUGCAGUCAGCUUGCAGUAGCAGAAGGAAGCAGCAUGAUGUGUUCUUUGUGCCGUCCUGCACUCAGCCACAUCCUCGGCUUUCUCUUGAAUGCACCCAAACAUCUGCUUGGAUCUCAGAUAGCAUUUCUCUGUGCCAAAUUAGUGCCGGAGUCUUUGUACUGUUGUUCUUUUUCCCAGCCUGUAUGCAUCCUGGCUGUCUCUGGGGCUUUAUGACUUUCUGAACACUGCCAGUAUUUUCUGAAAGGACAGCAGGCAGUGGCAGCUACUCCUCUUCCUAAGCCUGGCUCCAGUGCAGUGUUGGUUGCACAGUCUCUGCAGGAAUAUCCUUUUGAGUGUGUAUUUCCUUCCUUGGUAGUCAAGUUGUUCUCCGCUGAAUAAGGUUUGUCUUUUUUCCUGUUCUGGGAAAUCCAAUCACUUACCCAAAAGUGCAGAAAUGUUAUGUGCUGAGUCAGUGGCAUGAGGGGAAUGGUAACGUGCCUUCCUGGCGUAACGUGGCUGUAGGAAUUGUCACACUUGGCCCAUCGCCACCUGAAAUCUCUGCUCCAAGGAGUAGUGCAGCUCUAACCGUGCCGUCCUCUGUGAAAAGUAAUAUUGUUUUCUUCUGCAGAAUGUGGAGGAGCACGUGCUGAUCUCAGGUCUGGAGGGAAAAAAUGGGAGUUUAGGAUAUAAGAGUUCAAUUUGGCAACCCUAAACAUUGGGGCUACGGUAUGCCUGGUGUAAUUCAGGGCUGUUCUGUAUCAGGGAUGCAGCAGUCCUUGUUUUCUUUGAUGUAAAAUGGUUGUUGACGUCACCUUAUUCCUGUAUACAGGUGAAGAAGUCUGGAGAUGCCUGGGAUGUGGGGACCUCAUUGCUGCUGGUCAGCGCCUCUAUAGGACAGUUAAUGAAGCUUGGCAUGUUUCCUGUUUCCGGUGUUCUGAAUGCCAGGAUCCCCUCACUAACUGGUACUAUGAGAAAGAUGGGAAGCUGUAUUGCCACAAAGACUACUGGGGGAAGUUUGGGGAAUCUUGCCAUGGCUGCUCUCUGCUGAUGACUGGACCUGUGAUGGUGGCUGGAGAAUACAAGUAUCACCCUGAGUGCUUUGCUUGUAUGAGCUGCAAAGUGAUCAUUGAGGAUGGGGACACUUAUGCACUGGUGCAGCAUUCCACUCUCUACUGUGGAAAAUGCCAUAACCAGAUUGUGCUGACACCGAUGAUAGAAAAACAUUCCAGUGAGUCUCUGCGUGAGCAGCUGCCUUAUACAUUGACACUCAUCUCCAUGCCAGCAGCUACUGAUGGCAAAAGGGGCUUCUCCGUGUCUGUUGAGGGUGGCUGCUCCAGUUAUGCCACUGGCGUCCAAGUGAAGGAAGUUAACAGGAUGCACAUCAGCCCAGAUGUCCGAAAUGCCAUCCACCCUGCAGAUCGUAUCCUGGAAAUUAAUGGAGCUCCCAUUCGUACGUUACAGGUGGAGGAGGUGGAGGACUUGAUUCGCAAGACAAGCCAGACGCUUCAGCUGCUGAUAGAGCAUGACCCUGUCUCACAGCGCUUAGACAGGCUUCGGUUGGACUCCCGGCUUCCCACCCACAUAAAGUCACCCAUCUCUCCCCACUCCAUCUCUCCACUGGACAUCAAGGAGAAUCUGGAAGGAACGCUCCGCCGACGAUCCCUCAGGCGAAGUAACAGCAUUUCUAAGUCUCCUGGCCCCAGUUCUCCAAAGGAACCCCUCCUUCUGAGCCGUGACAUCAGUCGCUCUGAAUCUCUACGUUCCUCUUCUAGCUGCUCCCAGCAAAUCUUCCGGCCAUGUGAUCUCAUUCAUGGAGAAGUACUAGGAAAAGGAUUUUUUGGACAAGCAAUCAAGGUGACUCACAAAGCAACAGGAAAGGUGAUGGUGAUGAAGGAGCUGAUUCGCUGUGAUGAGGAAACACAGAAGACUUUUUUGACAGAGGUGAAAGUGAUGCGCAGCCUGGAUCACCCCAAUGUGCUGAAGUUCAUUGGUGUACUUUACAAGGACAAGAAGCUCAAUCUCCUCACUGAGUACAUCGAGGGAGGCACUCUGAAGGACUUCCUCCGCAAUGCGGACCCAUUUCCCUGGCAGCAGAAGGUCAGCUUUGCCAAAGGAAUUGCCUCUGGAAUGGCUUACCUGCAUUCCAUGUGCAUCAUUCACAGAGACCUGAAUUCACAUAACUGCUUAAUCAAGUUGGAUAAGACAGUGGUGGUGGCUGACUUUGGACUGUCUCGGCUGAUUGUGGAGGAAAGAAAAAAGCCCACUCUGGAGAAGCCAUCUGCCAAGAAACGAACCCUGCGGAAGAGUGACAGGAAGAAGCGCUACACAGUGGUUGGCAACCCGUACUGGAUGGCCCCAGAGAUGCUAAAUGGACAGAGCUAUGAUGAGACAGUGGACAUCUUUUCAUUUGGGAUAGUUCUUUGUGAGAUCAUAGGCCAGGUUUAUGCUGACCCAGACUGUCUUCCACGCACACUGGAUUUUGGCCUUAAUGUUAAGCUGUUCUGGGAAAAAUUUGUUCCUGCUGACUGUCCUCCAGCCUUUUUCCCUCUGGCUGCCAUUUGCUGUAGACUGGAACCAGAGAGCAGGCCCCCUUUUUCCAAGCUGGAAGAUUCCUUUGAAGCUCUCUCCCUCUACUUGGGAGAACUUGCCAUCCCCCUCCCGUCUGAGCUGGAAGAGCUGGACCACAACGUGAGUGUGCAGUACGGACUGAACCGUGACAAGUUACCUGAAAACACAACCUAGUCAGCUUGUUCUGCUGCCUGCAUCACUUCUGUUGGAGUUGAGCAACAGGGAGGGAGAUGCACUUCAGCCACUUCCAGGGCAUUAACAGGGCACCAUGCUGUGCAUUCGCUGCAUUGCCUCUCUCUCCUCACCCAAUGCCCUCCUCUCGGACAUCCUGAUUCACUGUGGAUUUCUGGCAUGUUUCAGAAGCAAAAAGGACUGUUUCCUGCCAACUGCACCUAUGAAAGCUGCUCAACACUAUUUUUCUGGCUUGAGAAAUGCUUCUCUGGCCUUUUCAGGCUUCUUUACUGUGGUGCCUUAGAACUUGGCUGCAAGCUGUGAAGCCACUCUGGCCCAUCAGCCAGGGAGGUAAUUGCUAUAGGAAACUCUCCUGGGCAAGGACCACCACUUCUGGAACUGUUUCUCCCUGCUCAGAAAGUUGGGAAAAUUGGACAUCUGGCAACAGACCCAAACAGGACAGUGUGUGUGUGUGCGUGUAUAAGUUUGUGCCUGUGUUUUCCAGAACAGCCCACUGACAUUUGACAUCGAGGAUGGGAGUAAAAAAGCCUAGGAACUGGGCAGCUCUCAUGGGGAAGCAUAUAUGCGUUUUUGUUUUGAGGGUUUUUUUGUGGGUUUUUUUUCUUCCUCCGUCUCUGAAUACCUCUGAAAGCCCACCUAGAAACACUAAGACUGAGCUCUACCUGCCCCACCGGAUGGGCAGCCAGAAAAUGAGCCUCUUAAGCGUUUUCAGACUCUGACUCUGUACAGUAAGUCUGCCUGCCUAAGGACCUUACCCCAGGUGAGAGCAUUUGAACCUGAAUAUGUAGAACUGCACUAGACAAUGGCUGUGAGCAUCCUUGGAAAGGCAAGGCUGCUGGAACUUCUCAGCCUGUGGAAAUGAGGUGACAGGAUGGCAGAAGGUGCUCUUUGGAAAGGUGAAGGCCUGAAGUGGCUCACACUUUGUCCAUAGAUGAUGGUAAAGUGAGACGUGGCCAAGGCUACUUAAAGGAUGAACUUACUAGUAAACAGAAGAGUGAUGGAGACUGUCACAUCUCACUAGGAGUGGCAGCUGGAAAACUAAUCAUUCAGUUGCCAUUACCUUAUCCUUCCCUGCAGGUUGCUCCCUGUGAAUGUCCUUGCAACUGCUGCUGCUGCAGCACCUAGGCUGAUUGUCCAAGCAGAAACUUUCCUCGGGGUCAUUCCCUGCUUUGGAGAGAAAAAAGGGGCUUGGAGUCACUGAGAAGUGAAGUAUUUCUUCCUUCAGAUGGAGAAGGAAGAAAGCUACUGCUUCAGUAGUAGCCUAAUGUGGUCUUCAGAACCAAACAAGAGGUUUGCUCAGAAGUUCUACAAACCUCUUGGUGUAACUCGAUUUUUUAGUGUGUUCCUUUCUCCCUGCACCUCCCCAACCCUUCAGUACUGAACUGUGGGAUGUGGGUGUGAAGUCUUUUCUGUUAGCUUCAUUUCACCCCACCCCCCUCAUGCUUACCCAUGAGUUCAAAAUAUUAUGUACAAUUACAUGGGACCAGUCAGCACCUGACACAAGGUGUUUGUGUCGGGGGGUUGUUUUUAGUCCAUGUAGUGGUGUUUUAGAAACACAUAGGGCUCCUUGCACUCUGAGUCAGUGGAAGAGCCUCUCUAAACUGAGUCCAGUGGAUUCAGGAUUGUUAAUAGGAUUUGUCCUUUCCUCGCCCUCCCCCAAGGCUGGAUUUGAGGGGACCUCUGAAGGGAAGAGUCCUAGGUAAUGUGUGGUUGAGAUUUAUGAACUGUGAUUUGCACAGCUCCACAUUCUAACUAAAUUAAAAAUAAAAAAACAGUAAAUGUAUGCUGUGGAAACAAGAUUGUGUUGUCUGUGUAAAAAUGUAAUAAAGCAGGAAACUGCA